AUGGACGUCAAUCAAUUCGCUGAACUUAUCCAAAGACUCCAAUCGUCAGACAACGAGAUCCGUAAAAAAGCCGAAGAACAGUAUGAACAGAUUGACGGUUCCGCCAAAGUAGCUCUUCUUUUCGAGUGUUAUAAUCAUUUCGCACAAGCCAAUGAUGUAAGUUCCCGUCCCUUUCCCCCCAGAGAAAUCUCACUGUUAAAGGCGCUAAAUUUCCAGAUCAGAUCCACAGUGCUGGUUUUCCUGCGACGAGUUUUGUCUAGAGACUGGGAUGCAAUUUGGGACAGUUUGAACGAUGAGAACAAACAGAGAAUUCUUGCCAAGGUUCUUGAGAUGAUAGUCCACGAGAGCGACAUCUCAAUCAAGAAGAAGAUUGCCGAUUUGAUCUCUGAAAUCGCUUCCAAUCUUAUCGAUGACUCUGGAGAAAUGUCGUGGCAAGGAGUGCUGGAAUUGAUGGAUCAUUGCUUGAAAAGCGAUGAUCUUACCGCCAACUACAUCGCUCUUUUGAUCCUCCGCGGAUGUCCAAUAAUCUUCGGAAACCGUACCGCCCACUUCCUCCCAGCCCUCAAGACCGUCUUGGAGAAGUGCAUGGCCACACCAGAUUUGCAAAUCAAGUCCACCGCUGUUCGUGCAGCUGUCGCUUUCGCUGUUGAUAACGACGAGGAGAAGGAUGUGAUCCGACUCAUGACCGCAUUGGUCCCAAAUGUUCUCCAAGUCUGCAAUGAGACCAGCGACGAGGAUGAUGCCGAUGGUGCUCUUGGAGAGUUCGCCGAGUUGGCUUCUGCUCUUCCAAAGUGCUUGAACAGUCAUAUGAAUCAAGUUCUCAGCGUUUGCCUCGCUCUCGCCGGAAACAAGGACAAGAACGAGAUGGCUCGCCAAAACGCCAUCGAGGUCAUCUGCUCCUACAUGGAGUCUGCACCAAAGGGACUGAAGAAGUACGCUCCAGGAGCUCUUUCACCAAUUCUCGAGACUCUUCUCUCCUGCAUGACCGAGUUGGAUGAUGAAGUUCUCAACGAGUGGCUCAACGAGAUUGAGGAAGAAGAUGAUUAUGAAGACGUUCCAAUCAUCGCCGAGUCUGCCAUCGACCGUGUCGCUUGCUGUAUCAACGGAAAAGUCAUGCUUCCAGCUUUCUUGCCACUCGUCGAGAAGCUUCUCUCCAACGAUGACUGGAAAAUGAAGCACGCCGCUCUUCGCGCUUUCUCCGCCGUCGGAGAAGGAUGCCAACGUUCCAUGGAGCCACAUAUAGAGCAAAUCAUGGUCCACAUCACCAAGUACGUCAACGACGCUCAUCCAAGAGUCCAAUACGCUGCUUGCAACGCCAUCGGACAGAUGUCUUCUGAUUUCGCUCCAACUCUUCAAAAGAAGUGCCACGCCGCCGUGAUUCCAGCUCUUCUGGAGUCUCUUGAUAGAACUGAUGUUCCACGCGUCUGCGCUCAUGCCGCUUCUGCUCUCGUCAACUUCGCCGAGGAGUGCCCAAAGAGCAUCAUCGGACAAUACCUUCCAUACAUUCUGCAGAAGCUCGAGAACGUUCUCUCCGCUGUCUUCAACCGUUUGGCUGAUAAGAGAUAUCAAGUUGUCGUUGAGAACAUCGUCACCGCCAUCGCCUCUGUUGCCGAAGCCGCUGAGGAGCUCUUCAAGGAGCAUCACGCUCGUCUCAUUCCAAAUCUCGUUCACAUACUUCAAAACGUCGGAGAGCUCAAGGAAUUGAGAGGAAAGACUAUCGAAUGCAUCUCGCUCAUCGGAUACGCCGUCGGAAAGGAGCACUUCCACUCGACCGCUAUCGAUAUCUUGAACCUUCUCGGAGACGGAAUGAAGGAUUUGGCUAUCGACGAUCCACAAUACAGCUACAUGAUCAGCUCAUGGACUCGUUUCUGUUCGAUCCUCGGAUCUGACUUCGCCCCAUUCCUUCCAGUCGUCAUGGAGCCAGUUCUUCGUGCCGCUCGUUACCGCCCAGACUUCAACAUCUUCAAUAACGAAGACAUUCAAGAAACCGAAGAAGGCGUCGAGUACCACGGAAUCGGAGGUGAGAAGACCGUCGGAAUCCGUACUAGUGGACUCGAGGAGAAGGCUACCGCCUGUGACAUGCUUGUCGCAUUCGCUAAGGAAAUGAAGGAGGCUUUCAUGCCAUACGUUCUCGACGUCUACGAGUUGGCUAUCAAGAAUUUGGACUUUGGACUUCAUGAUGGUGUUCGUACCGCUUCUGCUGAGAUCAUGCCAUUCCUUUUAGUCUGUGUCGAGAAGCAAGGCAUGGAAGAUAAGCGUCGCUUGUGGUGCGAGUUCUUGAAGGCGUUGACCACUGCUAUGGAGGAGGAAGACGAUGUUGAGAUCUUGGCUUCGUUCAUGAGCGCCAUCGGAUCUUGCAUUGAGGUUAUGAAGACGGAAGGCGUCGCUCCAGAAGAGGUCAAGCUCAUCAUCUCGGUUCUUCUCAAGCAACUUGAAAACUACGGAAAAAGAAUGAGCGAUCGUCCAGCUGAAGAUGAGGAUGACGAUGAUGCUGAAGCCAAGGAGGAGCUCGAUUACUUCAUGGAAUUGGAGGCAUCGUGUCUUGGAGCCAUCUCCGACUUGACUCACUCUCUUAUGAAAGAGUUCAAGGGAGACAUCUUCGAGGGAAUGAUCAACGUUUUCGAUUGCGCUAUUCAACUCAUCGAGGGAUCCAAACAAUACUUCGAGAGACAAUGGGGAAUGUGCUUGCUCGAUGACGCCAUAGAGUUCGGUGUCGGACACUUGCCAACUCGCUUCCCGAAAUUGAUUCCAAUAAUGUACAAGUUGUUGGGUGACGAGUAUCCAGAAGUUCGACAAGCUGCUAGCUACGGAUUCGGAGUCAUGGCUAUCAGAUAUCAUCAGGUCGCCGAUUACAAGAACGAGAUUCUCAGCUGCUUGGAGCCACUCGCCGCUAUGAUUCAAAGAGAAGACGCUCGCGCCACCGAGGAGAGCACCGUCGCCACCGAAAACGCUAUUUCUGCUUUCUCGAAGAUCAUUGCCAAUGUGCCACUUCCACAAGAGGCAUACGGAAAGGUCGUCGAAAUGUUCUUGAGCUGGCUGCCAACAUAUUCUGACACAGAAGAGAGUCCAUACAUCUACGCAGCGUUGGCCGAAUUGUUUGACAAACAAGAUCCAGCUCUGUUCGGACAUGAAAAUCAGAAUUUGCCAAGAAUCUUCCUUGUCUGCUUGCUCUCGAUCGCCAACGAGGCCUUCAACGACGACGAGCACGGUCAGCACACGAAGCGCAGAAUCGAGCAGAUUCUCAAGACCAUCUACGCAUCGUUCCCACAGUUCGCUCAACAGGACGGCGUCGACGAGCACCUUCAAGGCGUUCUUCAAAGAGUUCUCAGUGGACAAUAA